AUGAAGUUCUCCGCUGUCUUCGUCGGCGCCUUCGCCGCUCUUGCUGCCGCCCAGGGCUCGCAGAUCACCAGCGCCGUCUCUUCGGCCAUCUCGGCUGCCAGCUCUGGUGCUUCCAGCGUCGCCUCGAGCGUCACCGACCGCUCCAGCUCUGCCAGCGCCGGUAGCAGCGUCACCUCCUCGAGCGCUUCUUCCACCUCAUCCAGCCAGGCCAGCUCCUCCGGCAGCUCUUCCGGCCCUGUUACUUCCAACUCGGUCUACACCUCGACCCUCUUCUACCAGUACCCCAACACCUUCCACAAGCCCGUCUCCCCACUCUUCUCGGCAGCAAGGUCGUCACCGUCACCGAGGGCCAGUCUCCUACCUACACUCUUCCUUCGGGCGCUUCCACCUUUGCCGUCACCGUCAGCAACGUCACCACCACCUACACUUCUACCAACACAUUCCACGGCGCCGUCUCCAAGUCAUGGCUCGUAA